AGAUAUGCACACAGCACACAUCACAAUAUUACAUGCAGAGAUUAAAUAGUAGGUGUGUUUAUGGGAUGCUUUAUUCACCUCUUUUUUCUUAGAAUAGUGUGCUGUGGUCAAACCAGUUUGGUUGUGUGAGCUUUAUGGAAAAGGGGAGGAAGUUUAACUGAAGAAGAAGGUGGAGAAAACGUCCAAUCCAAUGCUGCAGUUUCAAACUUUGCUCAAAGUGUAAAAGCUACAAAAGCUUCUCAGAAGCAGAGCGGAGUGAGGAUGGGACUCACUUUGUGUUGUGUGCUGGGGCUUUUCUUGAUGAAUAUUCUCCUCGACUGUGGACACGCUCGAGGUUUUUAUACAACUUCCUUUCUUAUUAAAUCUUCACUCAAGACAAUUCUCCACUUAUUGCCACUCUUUUUACACAUUAUAUAUAUUUGGCUGUCCGUUGACCCGAACAGGUCCACUUUCUUUACUGGAGAGUAUGUGACCUUCGUAUGUGACCUGGGGAGAGGAGAAAACCCUGACUGGUAUUACUCCAUCAGCCUGGAUGGAAAAAGAUCUCCCCCCAACAGCCCGAAGAAGAGACUUAAAUCACAAUCUCUAACUUCACGCCACAGUGGUGGAUAUCAGUGUAUCGCGGCUCACAAGAGCUCACCAGCUGUUAUCAUAGAAAGUAAUACAAUCUCUAUAACUGUAACAGAGCGACCAAAGGCCCGACUGAGCAAAGGUUCUCCUGUAGGGGGCAGUGUGUCCCUGACCUGCUCUGUGAGUUCAUCAUCACCAUCUUCAUCUGGUUGGAAAUACUUCUGGUACAGAGGCAAGAAAACCUCUGAACCCCUGAUCACACGAGAUGAUGUUCUCCUCACAAACGGACGAAUCGGUGUCUCACAAGGAGGAGGAGGAGGAGGAGGAGAAGGAGGAGGAGAAGGAGGAGGAGGACGAGAAGGAGGAGGAGAAGGAGGAGAAGGAGAAGGAGGAGGAGGAGGAGGAGGACGAGGACGAGAAGGAGGAGGAGAAGGAGUCUACUGGUGCAGAGGAGGAAGUGGAGACCCAGUUUACUACACAGAGUACAGCACACCAGCCGUCACUCACAGAGCUGUUGUGACUCUGCAGCCCGACUGGCCUGUGAUUUACUCCGGAGAGACCAUCACUCUCACCUGUGACAUAAAGGACGGAGGAGAAGCUGAGUGGGAGUAUCGAUGGGAAACAUCCAGUUCACCUCGAAACCCAAGUGGCCCCAUGAUCAGACCAUCACACAGUGGAGACUACUGGUGUAGGGGCAGACUGAACCAUGAAACCUCUUCAUCAGAGUGGAGUGAUACUUUCACAUUAAGAAUAUCUCCCAAUAAACCCAAGCCGGUCCUCACUGUGUCUCCAUUGUGGCCGAGUCCUGGAGACUCAGUGACUCUGACCUGCAGGGUUGAACAUCCAUCUGCAGGAUGGAGGUUCUUCUGGUACCAGGUUGUUCCCAAACUGGAGUCCUACAGCUAUGAGCUGCUACCUGGUAGCUCCACUGGGACUGAAGAGGACUCCUUCAUUGUUCAUGGACAGACGCACACAGCAGGAUAUGUGUGCAGAGCUGGAAGAGGAGAUCCAGUGUUCUACUCUUCGUAUAGUGAACCUCAGUUCAUCUGGUCUGGAGAUUUCCAUCCAGCAGCGUCUCUCACAGUGAGUCCUCCCAGAAUGCAGUUCUUCAGCAAAGAUUCACUGUCACUGAGCUGUGAGGGAAACUCUACUGAGUGGAGAGUGAGAAGGUUUAUUAAAUAUAACCACCUGGCAUAUUGUUCUUCCUGGGGAACCAUGACUGGAUCUACAUGCAGCAUCAACUCUAAUGGGAUUAGUGGAGUGUACUGGUGUGAGUCUGAAACAGGACAGUUCAGCAAUGCAGCCAACAUCACUGUACAGAGCGGUGAUGUCAUCCUGGUGAGCUCUGUCCAUCCUGUGACUGAGGGACAUUCUGUCACUCUCAGCUGCAGGUUGAGGACAGAAAAGGUUCUUUAUAACGUGGAUUUCUAUAAAAAUGAAAAACUCAUCUCAAAUGAUGCCAGCGGGGAGCUGUUUAUCUCUGAAGUUACAAAGUCAGAUGAAGGUUUUUAUAAAUGUGAAGGAAGAGAUUCACCACAAGGUUUCAGGAGUUUGACGUCACCAGAGAGUUGGUUGUCAGUUAAAUCUGCAACAACAAGCUCUCCAGUUCCCGUGCUGUUGGUUGUUGGUCUGGUUUGUGGAGUUUCACUGAUUAUUCUGCUGCUGCUGGUUCUGUAUUGCUACAGAAAGUCAAAAGAUUCACGCCUCGUGAGGUCUCAGAGCACCAAUCAGAGCCCAGCUACAGACCACGUGACCAACCAGGUUGAAACUCAAGAAAGAGAAUAUGCCUCUCUUCUCCAUGGUGAUUCUUGUCUCUAUGAAACAAUCAGAGGCUCUGAAGAACCUGGACAUGGGAACAAUAAUGAACCAGAGGAGAGCGUUUACUCCAAUGUGACGAUGGGAACAGCUGCAGAGACUUCGCUGUCCAUUGAUCCAAACAGGUCCACUUUCUUUACUGGAGAGUCUGUUACCUUCACAUGUGACAAAAGUAAUACAAUCUCUAUAACUGUAUCAGAUAAACCCAAGCCGGUCCUCACUGUGUCUCCAUUGUGGCCGAGUCCUGGAGACUCAGUGACUCUGACCUGCAGGGUUGAACAUCCAUCUGCAGGAUGGAGGUUCUUCUGGUACCAGGUUGUUCCCAAACUGGAGUCCUACAGCUAUGAGCUGCUACCUGGUAGCUCCACUGGGACUGAAGAGGACUCCUUCAUUGUUCAUGGACAGACGCACACAGCAGGAUAUGUGUGCAGAGCUGGAAGAGGAGAUCCAUUGUUCUACUCUUCGUAUAGUGAACCUCAGUUCAUCUGGUCUGGAGAUUUCCAUCCAGCAGCGUCUCUCACAGUGAGUCCUCCCAGAAUGCAGUUCUUCAGCAAAGAUUCACUGUCACUGAGCUGUGAGGGAAACUCUACUGAGUGGAGAGUGAGAAGGUUUAUUAAAUAUGACCACCUGGCAUAUUGUUCUUCCUGGGGAACCAUGACUGGAUCUACAUGCAGCAUCAACUCUAAUGGGAUUAGUGGAGUGUACUGGUGUGAGUCUGAAACAGGACAGUUCAGCAAUGCAGCCAACAUCACUGUACAGAGCGGUGAUGUCAUCCUGGUGAGCUCUGUCCAUCCUGUGACUGAGGGACAUUCUGUCACUCUCAGCUGCAGGUUGAGGACAGAAAAGGUUCUUUAUAGCGUGGAUUUCUAUAAAAAUGGCAAACUCAUCUCAAAUGAUGCCAGCGGGGAGCUGUUUAUCUCUGAAGUUACAAAGUCAGAUGAAGGUUUUUAUAAAUGUGAAGGAAGAGAUUCAUCACAAGGUUUCAGGAGUUUGAAGUCACCAAAGAGUUGGUUGUCAGUUAAAUCUGCAACAACAAGCUCUCCAGUUCCCGUGCUGUUGGUUGUUGGUCUGGUUUGUGGAGUUUCACUGAUUAUUCUGCUGCUGCUGGUUCUGUAUUGCUACAGAAAGUCAAAAGAUUCACGCCUCGUGAGGUCUCAGAGCACCAAUCAGAGCCCAGCUACAGACCACAUGACCAACCAGGUUGAAACUCAAAACAAUGCAUAUGCCUCUCUUCUCCAUGGUGAUUCUUGUCUCUAUGAAACAAUCAGAGGCUCUGAAGAACCUGGACAUGAUAUUUGGCUGUCCACUGAUCCAAACAGGUCCACUUUCUUUACUGGAGAGUCUGUUACCUUCACAUGUGACGUGAGGACAGGAGAAGAGACUGGCUGGUUGUACUCAUUCAGGAGGAAUGGCGUUAAUUUUCUCUUCUACAGCACAGACAAGAUAAUUAGAUCACCACCUGUAACUCCAGGCUUCACUGAGAAAUAUCAGUGUUAUGCAACUCACAAGAGAUCAUCAGCUGUUUUCAUAGAAAGUAAUAAAGUGUCUCUAACUGUAACAGAUAAACCCAAGCCGGUCCUCACUGUGUCUCCAUUGUGGCCGAGUCCUGGAGACUCAGUGACUCUGACCUGCAGGGUUGAACAUCCAUCUGCAGGAUGGAGGUUCUUCUGGUACCAGGUUGUUCCCAAACUACCAUACUCCUACAGCUAUGAGCUGCUACCUGGUAGCUCCACUGGGACUGAAGAGGACUCCUUCAUUGUUCAUGGACAGACGCACACAGCAGGAUAUGUGUGCAGAGCUGGAAGAGGAGAUCCAUUGUUCUACUCUUCGUAUAGUGAACCUCAGUUCAUCUGGUCUGGAGAUUUCCAUCCAGCAGCGUCUCUCACAGUGAGUCCUCCCAGAAUGCAGUUCUUCAGCAAAGAGUCACUGUCACUGAGCUGUGAGGGAAACUCUCCUGAGUGGAGAGUGAGAAGGUUUAUUAAAUAUGUACACCUGGCAUAUUGUUCUUCCUUGGGAACCAUGACUGGAUCUACAUGCAGCAUCAACUCUAUUGGGAUUAGUGGAGUGUACUGGUGUGAGUCUGAAACAGGACAGUUCAGCAAUGCAGCCAACAUCACUGUACAGAGCGGUGAUGUCAUCCUGGUGAGCUCUGUCCAUCCUGUGACUGAGGGACAUUCUGUCACUCUCAGCUGCAGGUUGAGGACAGAAAAGGUUCUUUAUAAAGUGGAUUUCUAUAAAAAUGACAAACUCAUCUCAAAUGAUGCCAGCGGGGAGCUGUUUAUCUCUGAAGUUACAAAGUCAGAUGAAGGUUUUUAUAAAUGUGAAGGAAGAGAUUCACCACAAGGUUUCAGGAGUUUGACGUCACCAGAGAGUUGGUUGUCAGUUAAAUCUGCAACAACAAGCUCUCCAGUUCCCGUGCUGUUGAUUGUUGGUCUGGUUUGUGGAGUUUCACUGAUUAUUCUGCUGCUGCUGGUUCUGUAUUGCUACAGAAAGUCAAAAGAUUCACGCCUCGUGAGGUCUCAGAGCACCAAUCAGAGCCCAGCUACAGACCACGUGACCAACCAGGUUGAAACUCAAAACAAUGCAUAUGCCUCUCUUCUCCAUGGUGAUUCUUGUCUCUAUGAAACAAUCAGAGGCUCUGAAGAACCUGGACAUGGGAACAAUAAUGAACCAGAGGAGAGCGUUUACUCCAAUGUGACGAUGGGAACAGCUGCAGGUCAAUAACACACCUUUAAUGACAGAACCAGUGGAAUGGAUGUCAAUAUGAAAAACCACAUCCUUGUCUUUUUUUUUUAUAAUCAUUGUGUGAAUUUCUUCUUUCCUUCUAUGAGACAGUAUUUUGCAUAGUUAACCUAUUAGCACAUAAUCUAAGGAAAAUACAUCAUAUAGCUUUAAUAUUCAGUUUUACUUUGUGAAAAGACUUCACAUUAUUACAUGUAAUAAAUCAAAUGUUAGGAUUGAGUGUUUUGUAUAUAGUGUUUUUCUCUCUUCUGGUACAGUCACUUUGUUGUACACAACUUUGAAUGGAGGCUGGUUUAAAAAGCAGAAACAAAUGUGAAAUCUUUGAGCUUCAGUACUAUGGUGAUAAUGCGGAUAUAAAGCUUCCACAUUUAUAACAUUGAAUCUGUUUUUGGAGUUUGUAUUCGUCCAACAUUUUUAAAAAUGAUUUGACAGGUGCUGUGUGUAUUUUGGUUUCACCUGGAUGUAUUUAGUUUGUUUUCUUAUGUUUGACCUUUUGAUGCAUCAAUAAACUUCCAGCACUGAGCUGCCA